CACCAGUCGACGGCCAAAGCAAUUCCAGCGGAACAAGCCUAGGCAUUUCUGAGAAGAUGGCUAGCUUCACACGGCCGAUUUCAUCCUCGAUUGGGGAGGUCGAUUUUGGAGUGCUUUCCAAUGACGAGAUCAAAUCGAUCUCCGUCAAGCGUAUUUACAACACCCCUACGCUUGAUACAUUGAAUAACCCUGUACCAGGAGGAUUGUACGAUCCUGCUCUCGGAGCAUGGGGUGAUCAUGUAUGUACUACAUGCCGUCUGAAUUCCUGGUCCUGCAAUGGCCAUGCCGGACAUAUAGAGCUGCCUGUCCAUGUGUACAAUGUCACUUUCUUCGACCAGCUAUUUCGCCUCCUAAGAGCUCAAUGUGCCUAUUGCCAUCGCUUUAGAAUGUCUCGGGCCGAUAUCAAGUCCUACACGUGCAAAUUGAGACUGUUACAGUACGGUUUGGUUGAGGAAGCUGCGGCGAUUGAUAAUAUGGAAGCUCGAAGAGGCACAAAUAAUGAUGCUGGUUCAGAAUCAGGAGAAAGUGAGGAUGAAGACGAGGAAGACUUUGUCAGGCGCCGGGAUGCGUACGUCAAAAGGUGUAUUCAACAAGUACUGGCGAGAAGUAAGCAUCAGGAAUUUUUACAUGGCGCAAAGAAUUCCGCAGCUGUAGAACAACGGAGGAAUAUCGUACGAGGAUUUCUUAAGGAUAUCACAGCUGUUAAAAAAUGUGCCUCUUGUAGUGGUAUUUCCCCUCCGUUCCGUAGAGACAAAUACUCGAAAAUAUUCAAGAAGCCGUUACCGCAAAAGGCUAAGAUCGCAAUGGCGGAGGCUGGAUUUCAUGUCCCUAACCCAUUGUUGUUGAUAAAAGAAGCGAACGACCUGUCGAAGAAACAUGGCCAUCCGUCGCAGGGUUCUAAUAUGAAUGGCUACCCAGAUGACGACAAUGCUAGUGUUUCGACGGAUUCUCAUGGUGCAGAACAGCAGAUUACCAUGGGAAAUGCAGUAUUGGCACAAGUCGAGGUAAAGGGAUCUCGGAACAAACCUAGUGAACAGGAUGCGCAGCAAUUCAUGCCGUCACCAGAAGUUUACGCAGCACUGCGACUCCUUUUCGAAAAGGAACAAGAAGUUUUAGAUCUAGUAUACGACUCACGGCUGAGAUCAAAACACCGCCCACGCGUCACUCCAGACAUGUUUUUUAUCAAGAAUAUUCUCGUACCGCCAAACAAAUAUCGCCCGAUAGCUGCCAAUGGCUCGAAUGAUAUCAUAGAAGCGCAACAAAACACCUCGUUCACCAGAAUCAUAAAACUUUGCGACCAAAUAAACCAAAUUAGUAGAGAAAGGCAAGGUGAUAGCACCGAGUCUGUUACUAGGUUACGAGAUUACCGGGACCUCCUUCAGACAAUUGUACAGCUACAAGAUGCGGUCAAUAGCCUUAUCGAUCGCGAUCGUAACCCCAGCCAGGGAAUUUCAGGAAUGCAAAAUGAAGAUGGUAUCAAACAGAGGCUGGAAAAGAAGGAUGGUCUAUUUCGGAAAAAUAUGAUGGGAAAACGGGUCAACUUUGCCGCAAGAAGCGUCAUAUCACCGGACCCUAAUAUUGAAACCAAUGAAAUUGGAGUUCCUCUCGUUUUCGCGAAGAAGCUCACCUACCCGGAGCCGGUCACCAAUCAUAACUACUGGGAACUUAAACAAGCUGUGAUAAAUGGGCCUGAUAUUUAUCCUGGUGCCGCUGCCGUUGAGAACGAGGUUGGUCAAGUGGUGAGCCUUAAAUUCAAAAGCCACGACGAACGAAUGGCCAUCGCCAAUAUGCUCCUUUCCCCGUCAAACUUCAAGAUGAAACGAUCGAGAAACAAGAAAGUUUACCGGCAUCUAACCACCGGCGAUGUCGUGCUGAUGAAUCGACAACCCACGCUCCACAAGCCGUCUAUAAUGGGUCAUCGUGCCCGAGUACUUACUGGGGAAAGAACAAUCAGGAUGCACUACGCAAAUUGUAAUACGUACAAUGCGGAUUUCGAUGGUGACGAGAUGAAUUUGCAUUUCCCGCAGAACGAACUCGCAAGAGCGGAGGCCAUGCAGUUGGCCGAUACCGACCAUCAAUACCUAUCAGCCACAGCAGGAAAACCACUGAGAGGUUUGAUCCAGGACCAUAUUUCAAUGGGAACAUGGUUCACCAGUCGCGAUACAUUUUUUGAUAAAGAUGACUAUUAUCAGUUACUGUACAGCUGCUUGCGGCCAGAAAAUUCCCACACUGUUACCGACAAGAUUUUACUUAUGGAGCCGACGAUCUUACGGCCCCAGAAACUUUGGACUGGGAAACAAGUAAUCUCCACCAUUAUGAUGAAUAUUACACCAGAGAGGCUCCAUGGUUUGAACCUUACAGGGAAAUCAAGCACUCGAGGUGAUCGUUGGGGUGAAGGCUCCGAGGAAGGACAAGUCAUUUUUCGGGAUGGCGAACUUCUUUGUGGUAUUUUGGACAAAGCCCAACUGGGUCCAAGCCCCCGCGGCCUCGUCCAUUCAGUUCAUGAGAUUUAUGGGCAUGUUGUUGCUGGAAAAUUGUUAGGUGUUCUAGGUCGUUUGCUGACGAAAUUCUUGCACAUGCGAGCUUUUACUUGCGGCAUGGAUGAUCUUCGCCUGACGAAAAAAGGAAAUGAGGCUCGGAAACGAAAACUAGAAGAAGCCGAAGAUAUAGGCCGCAAAAUAGCACUCAAAUAUGUGACUUUGGAUCAAACUAAAGUGGAGGAUGAAGAAGCUGAGCUUAAACGACGCCUGGAAGACGCGCUCCGUGAUGACGCGAAGCAGGCUGGAUUAGAUGCGGUUUUUAACUCGCAAACCGGCAAAUUAUCAUCUGAGAUUACAUCCGCCUGUCUUCCAACCGGGCUCGAAAAGCCAUUCCCAUGGAACCAAAUGCAGGCGAUGACCUCGUCUGGGGCUAAGGGGUCUGUUGUCAACGCGAAUCUCAUUUCUUGCAACUUAGGCCAGCAGGUUCUUGAAGGUCGUCGAGUCCCCGUGAUGAUUAGCGGGAAAACUUUGCCAUCCUUUAGGCCUUUUGAGACCAGCCUCAUGGCCGGUGGUUUUAUCUCUGGACGCUUCCUUACGGGAAUAAAGCCACAAGAGUACUAUUUUCACGCUAUGGCUGGUAGAGAAGGCCUUAUUGACACUGCUGUUAAGACCUCAAGAUCUGGGUAUCUCCAGCGAUGCUUAAUUAAGGGAAUGGAGGGAUUAAAGGCAGAAUAUGACAACACUGUUCGCGAGACCGCUGACGGAUCGGUCAUGCAGUUCCUCUACGGUGAAGAUGGGCUUGAGAUUACCAAGCAGAACCAUCUACAAGACUUCACCUUUUUGGCCCAGAAUUUCUGGUCUGUCGUUGAAGAGCUUAAUGGGUCUGACGAGUUAAAUAAGGUUAAGGACGACAAGGCGGGAGAGUGGAAUCAAAAUGCAAUCAAAAAACUGAGAAAGACGGGCAAAUUGGACUGUGUGGACCCUGCACUUUCCCUUUUUCCUCCAGGGUCCUGCUAUGGAAGUACUUCAGAAUCUUUCGCAAUGGCAUUAAGAAAGUAUCAAAAAGAAAAUCCCGAUAAAUUGCUAAAAGAAAAGGGCAAGACCGAGAGCAGAAUUUCCAAAAAGGAUUUCACUAGGGUGAUGAAUAUGAAAUAUAUGAGAUCGGUUGUGGAGCCUGGUGAAUCCGUGGGGAUUGUUGCUGGGCAGUCGAUUGGCGAGCCGUCCACCCAGAUGACUCUCAACACGUUCCAUUUGGCUGGACAUUCAGCGAAGAACGUAACGCUUGGUAUUCCUCGCCUGCGCGAAAUUGUUAUGACAGCCAGUGAUAAAAUACUUACGCCAACUAUGACGGGUGUCUUGAACAAGCAGCUUACCGAAAAGGAUGGAAGGGUUUUUGCUAAAGCGAUUAGCAAGCUUACCCUCGCGGAGGUCGUGGACACUCUUAGAGUCCAUGAGCGCAUUUCAUCCGGAUCUAGCCGUGGGAAGGCAAAAAUAUACGACAUAGAAAUAGACUUUUUCCCCCCAGAAGAGUACACCGAAGAAUAUGCCAUCCAGAUUGAAGAUAUUCUCAAAACACUCCAGCACAAGUUUGUACCACGGCUUGUCAAAUUAACACGCGCAGAGUUGAAGAAACGAAUAGAUGAGAAAUCAUUAUCUACUUUCUCCUCUGCCCAGCCUGACAUCGGUACUUCCGCGGGAGUGAUAGAGGAGUCUACGAGGCGUUUUGGGCGUGAAGCCAGAGACGGCGAUGAUGAUGAUAAUGACGACGACGAGGAGGAAGACCAAGACGAUGCGAAACGGGCAAUGGCAAACAUGAAUCGCUCCAAUCAAGUCUCCUACGAAGAUCCUGAUGAAGGAGAGGAAGCAAUUAUACGCGAACAAGAUUCCGAAGAGCCAGACUCCGAUGACAAUGAAGAGGCUGAGGGCAACCGCCAUGGCGACGGGACUGCGACUGAAGAUGUCGACAUGCCAGACGCAGACGCCGAUUCUGACUCGGAAAAAAUACAAAAGAGUAAAGAGAGCGAAGACACCAUCAUUGGGAAACAUGCUGAAAUCACAAAGUUCAAGUUCAACCUUAAAAAAGGCAAAUCUUGUCAUCUUCAGCUACGAUAUGAUAUCUCGACGCCCAAGCUUCUGCUCCUCCCUCUCGUCGAAGAUGCUGUUCGGACCUCCGUGAUCCAGUUCGUCAAGGGGCUGGGAACCUGUACUUACAUUGAGGCCGACGAUAAAGAGCCAGCACAUAUCGUCACUGACGGUGUCAACUUGUUAGCCAUGCGAGAUUACCAGGAUUACGUCUACCCUCAUUCGUUAUACACCAAUUCAAUUGCCGACAUGCUCCUGAUGUACGGAGUUGAGGCUGCCCGUGCAUCUAUAAUUCGUGAAAUGGCUGCCGUUUUCGAUAGUCACAGCAUUUCGGUUGAUAAUCGUCAUCUUAAUCUCAUUGGUGAUGUUAUGACCCAUGCUGGUGGUUUCCGCGCGUUUAACCGCAUGGGCCUGGUGAAGGAUAGCACUUCGCCGUUUAUGAAGAUGAGCUUCGAGACCACUGUUGGGUUCUUGAGAGACGCUGUGCUGGAGAGGGACUGGGACAACCUGGAUAGCCCUAGUAGUAGGAUUGUCAUGGGACGCGUUGGAACGAUCGGCACUGGUGCUUUUGAUGUACUUGCUCCUGUUGGCUGAAAAUUUUCUCUAUUCAGCUAUUACUUGAUCAUGUUUACUUGUCAUUUGAGUGAUGAGCAAUCCUUUUCCCUUUGUUCGUUUACACGUUCGUAUUUCCGUUUUCGAAUUUUGGAAUCGCGUUAUAUUUAGUGACGAAAAGUUGAGGACGAGAUUCAUCCUAUGUACUUGAUAUCGCUUAGCAUGUUCAAAGAUUUCUUUAAUAUUCGUUCAAAUACACAGUUCAAAUGUAGUACUCUCAAACCUUUCUAGUUUCCAAAUAGAACGCCAUGUAACGCCAACCGCAGCCCAAUAACAUUUCCUAUUAAUGGGUAAGAAGCAGAAACGAACGCUGUGGCAUUGAAAUCCACUAUGCACCUUGAAACUUAUUACAACAAACGUGGGAAAAGAGGUAUCAAAUUUGCAUUAGGCGUCAAGCAUCAUAAGUUCCUGGUCAAUAUUUUCGUCGAAUUCAUCAACGGCAGUCAUUGUUCCGUUUCGAUUUCCAUUGACCACAUCCGGUGGGAUUUGGUUAUUGGCCAUCGCCUCCCUCUGUCGCUUGCCUUCUUCCUCCUUUUGCUUUUUCACAUGAAGUUCAAGAUCGGCUAAACUCCAAGUGGAAAUUCCUUCUUGAUCUCUCGACUUGAAUGGCUGCGCCAUAGUCCUGAGGAAGCUUUUGGCUGUCGCCACUGCCAUAUCGGUACUUAAGUUCGUUUCGCUCUCGAGCAUGGCCUGACUGAUCCACUUGGGAAGUUGUGAGCGUCUCUUCUGAAAACGACGAUCAGCAAGGACCAUGACUCCGUAGUCGUCCUUGCCACGGAUGACACGCCCAAGACACUGCGCAGCAUGACGCAUCGCGUCGAAAGAAAGAAAGUCGUUUUCGCGAAUUCGAUAAUUCUCGCGCAAAAACUCCAACCUAGCUUUAAGUAUGCGUGAUUCGGUAUACUGGAAAGGUACUCCGAUGCAGAUAACGGCCCGACCAUAGUGGUGAUCAAAGUCGAUGCCUUCCGAGACUUUACCACGGGCGACACAAAGCAAGACAGCGCCUCGACCAUUGCAACACGCAGUUCGGUAAGUUUCGAGGGCAAGCGAUGAUUCCUGAGAGUCGGGCGUUUCCACCAAGAUUAAUUUAUAAUUCCAGACCAAAUCUAGUAUGCCCAUUCCCUGCCACAUGCUAAUUAUGGAUUCCAUAUAAAGAUAUGACGGGAAGAAGACAACGAUCCCGUCUGGUGUGAUACGGGAGAAUUCGAGCAAAAGAUUUCCGUAAUUCCGGACUACACCUGGAUCAUUCCUGAUUUGAAAUGAGGAUGAAAUCUGGGCUUGAUCAGAGCCGCGUGUAACGACCAUGGGAAGAAAAGACCGACGUGCAAGGGUCAUAGUAUAUGACUCCUGUAGCACCGUUGUAAACUUGAGCAUUUUGGGAUACAUCUCCAGCGGAGAAAGGGUUCCAGAAGUGACAAUGACAGAACUAAACCUGUCAAAAACAGGUUUGAUAGCAAUAGCAGCAUCCAAGCAGGUGAAAUGAAG